GAACAGGGCAAUUAAUUGCACCGGCAGUACUACCCUUACCGUACUAAGAGGAGUAACGGGGGAAGCAACCUGUACUCAUCAACUUGCUUAUCUUUCCUGCCCGGCAGCUGGUCACCGGUUUAGGCUCUCCUCCACCUAGCGGCCACUACCUGUAGCAUUCCCGGUGUUCCGUGGUUUGAAUUGAUUUAUUGAGCUUCUGUUUCGUGCAGUCCCAACGAACUUUGUGAAAACAGCCUGCCCCGGAUCAUUUAAUCCAGUCGACUUUUAUUGGGUGUGAUAACAUCAUACCUCCCUUAGAAUACAACCAGUUUUUUCUCUCAAACUAUCUGUCUCACCUUGACCCCAAAGUCCCGCGACUCCAAUCAAUUCCAUCUUUUCCACAUCCAAACCCCUCCCCCCAACCAAGUCAUUAGGGAAAUAUACUCCCGCACUCAGAAAUGGAUCUGCCAUCAAACGUCCACGUCUCACAGCACCCUUGCCUCAGGGCAAAGUUGAGCCAGCUUCGUUCCAAGAAUGCCAGUGCAAAGGAGGUCAAGAGCCUGGUCAGCGAGAUCUCGUUGUUUAUCGCCAGCGAGGCCAUGAGCUCUACUCUCAAGGUCGUCGAUGGUCCCAAGGAUGUCUCGCCUAUCGGUGCCGAGUACACCACCAGCGUUAUCACACCCGAGACCAUCUGCCUGGUCCCUAUUUUGAGAUCAGGCCUGGCAAUGACUGAAGCCGUCCAAACCCUCCUCCCGGAUCCCGUCCCAGUCCACCACCUAGGCCUGUACCGGGAGCCGACGACCCUCGAGCCCGUCGAGUACUACAACAACCUGCCCAACCACCUGCCGCAGGGCGCCGCCGGCGAUGCCAACCAGGUCCCGAGCCUGGCCUUCAUCCUGGACCCCGUCAUCGCCACGGGUGGCACCUGCGCCGCCGCCAUCCAGACCCUGCGCGAGUGGGGCGCCCGCCGCAUCGUCGUGCUCAGCGUCAUCGCCGCCGCCGAGGGCAUCAAGCGUGCCGCCGACGAGUGGCCCGAGGGCGUCGAGAUCUGGGUCGCCGGCGUCGACCGGGAGCUCACCGACCGCGGCAUGUUGAGGCCUGGUUUGGGCGAUGUUGGUGAUCGUCUGUUCCUUACCAUUGGCAAGUGAAAGGGAUGAAGUGGAUUUCUGAGUCGACAGAGAAGCUACGUGCUAGCCCAGGCCGAGGUCUGUUUGUCUGCUAUUCAUUCACUGUACUGUGUAGCAUCAGACUACAAGUCCAAGAAAGAGGCCUUGAAAACUGUCCACUCAUCAAUCAUAAUCAUCAUUCAUCAAUCAUAACGGCACAUAUGCCUCCUCGUCUAGUAGAGUCUUCUCCUUCCAGCUCUCGUCAACCCACUGCCGCGUGACCAGCCUCG